UACUGUGCGUCGUUCCCUUCCACUCAUCUGAAAAAAUCCAAAAAAAAAAAAACCAAAAAAUCACAGAGACAAAAUUCCAAGUUUUUGAGAUCUGAGAAGAUGUCUACGUUCAGCGGCGAUGAAACUGCUCCGUUCUUCGGCUUCCUUGGCGCCGCAGCCGCUCUCGUCUUCUCCUGUAUGGGAGCUGCUUAUGGGACAGCAAAGAGUGGUGUUGGUGUGGCUUCAAUGGGAGUGAUGAGACCUGAGUUGGUUAUGAAGUCUAUUGUCCCUGUGGUUAUGGCUGGUGUUUUGGGUAUUUAUGGACUCAUUAUUGCUGUUAUCAUCAGUACCGGUAUCAAUCCAAAGGCUAAGUCUUACUACCUCUUUGAUGGCUAUGCACACCUUUCCUCUGGUCUUGCUUGUGGUCUUGCUGGUCUCUCAGCUGGUAUGGCCAUUGGUAUUGUUGGAGAUGCGGGCGUUAGGGCAAAUGCUCAGCAGCCUAAGCUCUUUGUUGGGAUGAUUCUUAUCCUCAUCUUUGCGGAAGCACUUGCUCUUUACGGCCUCAUUGUAGGCAUUAUCUUAUCUUCUCGAGCUGGUCAGUCCAGAGCAGAAUGAGGAACCAAAACAAAUGUCAAAAAUUUCCAGCUACUUGCUUAUUUGUGCGGUAUGUAGCAUCAGGAACCGAUAUUUCGUGGAUAUUUCAUGGAUUCUUGGAACUUUGUUUGGGAAGUAGAUCUGCCACCUCUCGUUCCUUGGUUGGUGGGUUGCUUGAGUAUAGAAUAUUAUUUGUAUGGUUCGGUAAUAAAAGAAGAGCUUGGCAGCUGUUUUUUAUUCUUGUAUUGUCCGCAUUUGUCUUGAUGAACUUUAUAUUAUUUUGUUUGUAAAGAAGGUUGCUUCUGAUACCAAUCUUGAGUGUUAUGAGAUUCAUCUUUUGGUGACUUUCAAAUU